GAAAAAAACGAUCUCAGGUUUUGCUGUCAUGGAGACUUCCAGGAAACCUGAUUACCGAUAAAAAUAGUUCCAAUGACAUGGAAAAAUAGAACAAGAUCCAGGCCAGGAAAAUUUCAAAAAAUUAUAUUAGAGGAAGCGCCACCAAGAUCUCUAAUGAAGCCAUCUGAUAAUUAUGAUGACAUUAUAGACAUGGCUAUCCAGCAGUUUUGGGCAAGUACAGAGCACAAAAAUGUUAUGUACACUCUAUGCUAUUCUGAUGGAUCACGAUGGCCCAAAGAUGAUUUCAUCAAAGAAUAUGGAAAUUUGGGGAAUAUUCCAGAAAUAUGGAAAAAAACGUUCUAUGUUGGACAGCGAUUGAUAGAUACUGAUGAAGUUGUUUACAUGGGAACUGUAUCAUCUCUCUCAGGUUCAUCGAGACCAGGUGUUGUAGAGGAGGAAAUAACAGAGGAAAUCAAUAACGUGUCAGAUUUUUCAUCAGCCUUUCUAUGUGUCAUAUGUCACAGUCAUCUAAGAGGAAAAAUAUUGAGUCAAGCUCAUAUGACUCAUUGCUUAAGAAUUUUGGAUUCAAAUAAUGCAGAAACACCUGGAAAAUAUCAAAAGUCUGAUAAAACGAAUGCUUCUGCUUCUGCUUCUACACCACCUGCACCAUUAAUCCAAUCUGAAUAUCUGCCUCGUGUCCCGUAUGUUGAAGCUAAUCAAAUCAAAUUCAACACGGACAUGGUAAUUGGGAGCGGCUCAUUCGGGUCCGUGUAUAUUGGAUCAUACCAGGGAACACCUUCGGCUAUAAAAAAAAUACCUCUCAAUGAACAGAAUAGUGAUAUCAUGCACAAAAUUCUGGUUUGUUUAAGACUCUCUCAUCCCAACAUAGUUAGAUUCAUGGCGGCUGCAAAAACAGAGUCGUUUGUUUUAAUAGCAAACGAAUAUAUACACGGGGCAAGCUUGCACACAGUUCUUCAUGGAAGCGAAAACUCUGUAAUAGUAAAAAAAUAA